AUGACUAGACAUGCUGAUGAAGCAAAUUUGAGGGUAUAUAUCCACAAACGGUGGGUGCGGCUACUGUUUGGACGAGAGUUCCCUCUGCAGGAUCUUCUGGUGGUCUGGGAUGCCUUGUUUGCAGAUGGCCUCAGCCUGAGUUUAGUCGACUAUAUCUUCAUAGCUAUGUUACUUUACAUCCGAGAUGCCUCACUCCUCUCCAAACAGAAGAAUUUUAACAAAAGGAUUCCAAUGCUUUGGUUUCUUUCACAUAGGAAAGAAUGGGAAGAACUAUUUGUAAACAACAAUUACUUGGCAACAAUAAGGCAGAAGGGGAUUAAUGGACAGCUGAGAAGCAGCAGGUUCCGCAGCAUUUGCUGGAAGCUAUUUCUUUGUGUUCUUCCUCAAGAUAAAAGUCAGUGGAUAAACAGAAUUAAAGAAUUAAGAGCUUGGUAUAGCAGUAUUAAAGAAAGACAUAUCACAAACCCAAGGAAGGUUGCUGGCCAGCAAGAUUUGAUGAUCAACAAUCCCCUUUCCCAGGAUGAAGGGAGUCUUUGGAACAAAUUCUUCCAAGAUAAAGAACUGCGAUCAAUGAUUGAACAAGAUGUCAAAAGAACGUUUCCUGAAAUGCAGUUUUUCCAACAAGAAAAUGUGAGAAAAAUUCUUACAGAUGUUCUUUUCUGUUAUGCUAGAGAAAAUGAGCAGUUGCUUUAUAAACAGGGUAUGCACGAGCUACUAGCACCUAUAGUGUUUAUCCUUCACUGUGAUCACCAAGCUUUUUUACAUGCCAGUGAGUCUGCACAGCCCAGUGAGGAAAUGAAAACUCUCUUGAACCCUGACUAUCUGGAACAUGAUGCCUAUGCAAUGUUCUCACAGCUUAUGGAAACUGCUGAACCCUGGUUUUCUACUUUUGAGCAUGAUGGUCAAAAGGGUAAAGAAACUCUGAUGACUCCCAUACCCUUUGCGAGACCACAAGAUUUAGGGCCAACAAUUGCUAUUGUUACUAAAGUCAACCAGAUCCAGGAUCAUCUACUGAAGAAGCACGAUAUUGAGCUCUAUAUGCAUUUGAACAGACUAGAAAUUGCACCACAGAUAUAUGGGCUGUAAGUACCAAAGUUUCACUUUUCGCUGUUCCUAGUUAUGAUUUAUGGUACUUUCUAAAAUAUCAUCUUUAUAAGUAAGAGCAAGAGCUGUUUCAGCUCCAUUCCAUUGCCCACUCCUUUGUAAUCCUAUGUGCCAGGCUCUGUGCCCUUUAGUUUCACAUAAUGGCAUCUCCUCUAAUACUCCCAACAACCCUGUAAAUUGGGUAUUAUCCCUUUGUUGUAGGUGAAGAAGCUAAACAUUACUAACUUUACAGAUGUUAGACUUUGAAACCCAGGUAGGAUUGGCUAUAUAAUUUGCAAAAGAGCCCAGUGCAAAAGAAAACUGCAAGGCUUCUUUUGAAAGAAAUAAGAAUUUCAAGAUGAAAAAUGCAGAUCAUUAAAGCAAGCAUGCUAAGGAAAUGAGGAUUGCACAGGUCAUACACACAUGAACCUAGCUCCCAAACCCAAACAAUCCUGUAGGAUGUCCAUGUUCUUUCCAUUUUAUCAUGUGUCGUCUUUUAUACUACCUUCAGAGGUAGAUUUCUAUCAGUAAGAUUGAUGUCCCUCUUAGGGAACAUAGUGUGUUAAUUUUCUUCAGCCACAUAACUUCUGUAACAUGCUAGCAAA